AAAAACAGAGAGAAAGGACAUGCGCGCUCCACCCAGAGCAAAAAAAGAAAAAGAAAAGAAAACUAAAGCCUAAACUUGAGUGUUUGGACUUUUCUCCUGCAUGAGUUGUGUGUGUGUGUCGGACAUGAGCGAAGAUGAAUGAGGACGCAUUCGAGGUCCCGGAGAGGACCGAGUACCGCUACCUGGUCCAGGAGGAGGACGAGGAGGAGGUGCAGUACGCCCGUCACAGACACUACAUCAGCCCCUUCCUGGUGCUCUCCAGACGCUGCAUCUUCUUCAUCUGCGUCGGCGUGCUCUCCCUGCUCGCCCUCGCCACCUACCUGGGCUACGUGGCCCAGACGCUGCCGCCGGGCGUCGCCCAGGUGGCGACGGACUGUGGAGAGUACAGAGGAAGACACAAAAAUGGCGCCUACUCCUUUAAGGGCAUGGCCUACGCCGCUCCGCCCCUUGGAAACCUGCGCUGGGCUCCUCCGGCUGACCCGGUGUGCAAGAGUGGGGUGAAGGACGCGGGCCGCUUCCGCAGCAUGUGCCCUCAGGUGCGUCCCAUGUCGAGCGCGGGGAAGGUGAUGGGCCAGGAGGAUUGCCUCUUCGUCAACGUGUGGACGCCCACGCUGCGCCCCGACGCCAAGCUGCCCGUCAUGGUCUGGAUCCACGGAGGAUACCUGCACAUGCUCAGCGGGGGAGAGCCGGGCUACUCGCCCACAGAGAAGCUCGCCGCAGACACGGGGAUGGUUUACGUCAGCUUCAACUACAGACUCAACGCCUUCGGCUUCCUGGCGCUGGAGAUGCUGAGAGAAGGUUCUCCGAGAAACACCUCAGGGAAUUAUGGCUUCCUGGACCAGAUCGCAGCUCUGAAGUGGGUCCAGAGGAACAUCCACUUGUUCGGAGGAGAUCCAGGGAAAGUCACCAUCUUUGGACAGAGCUCAGGUGGGACGUCGGUGUGGACCCUGAUGAUGUCCCCGCUGGCGAAGGGCCUCUUCCACGCGGCGGUGGACAUGAGCGGCUCGUACGUCUACAACGCGACGCUGGCGCAGGCCGAGUCCAGCAACCUGGUGUUCCUGAAGAAGACGGGCUGCAGCGACGCGACCUGCCUCCGGCGUCUUCCUGUCUCACAGGUGCUGCAGGCUGUGCCCUGGCAGGACUACCCCUCCUGGGCAGCAGAUGACGCGACAGAUCUCCCCACCAGAGGGCGCUUCGUCGGCCCCGUGGCGGUGGUGGACGGCUUCGUCCUGGAAGCUCCGCCUUUUGAGGUGUGGGAGAAGAAAGGAGACCACAGCGAUGUCCCGUUCGUCGUCGGGACGACGGAGCAGGAGGCGGACUUCAGUCCUCCGGCUGGAAACAUCUCCAUGUGGACCUGGGGGGACUACCGGUGGUUCGUGACAGAGAAACUCCGGUCCUUCAGCGAGAAUCUGACCACGGCGGCGUUGAACCUGUAUCCGAGCUCGGCCCGAUGUCCCACCAGAGACCGCUGUCCGGAGAGAGUGUACACCACCAUGGUGUCCGACAUCAGGGUCACCUGUCCCAACAACGACCUGGCCAGGAGGGCCGCAGCUGCUCUCGACAGCCCUGUGUAUCGCUACGUGGUGACGCACACGCCGUCCGGACCGGUCAACGUGUCUGGAGACGUGCUGCCGUUCCCCAGCCGCUUCUCCUUCCACUGCCUGGACGCCGUGGCUUUCUUCGGCGGUCUGGAGUCCGUCCUGGGGAAGCCGCUCUCUGACCACGACAAGAGCUUCCAGGAGCUCGUCACACGUCACCUCGUCGGCUUCGCCAAAACAGGUAAGAUGGGGAGCGAGUGGCCCGAGUACCCAGCAGCCAUUGCCCUCCUGUCCAACGAGCUGUCGUUGUCCCGGAACUACUCUGCUGCUCAGUGCGACCUGUGGAGGGAGAACGGCCUGUACGCCUACGCCUGGUCCAACUGAAGCGUCAUCAACGUCUCCGCUUUGUGUCAACGCCGAGGUGAACUCACGUAGACCAGAUCCUGUGUCACCCGGCUCAAAUCCUGCAGGAGCCAUCUUUAAAAAGUCUAAAAACCAGACAGGAAGUUGAACAUUUUAUUGGUUUCGGAGUUAUUGUUUAUUGUUUUGGAGUAAAAACUGUCAUAUUUGUGUUUCAAUAACUCAGUAACUCGUGCUUUUGGUUUUAUUUGUACAGACAGAUUUAAUUUUCUAAGGGAAAGUAAGUGAGAAGGUGUUUUUUGUUUAUGUUGUAAUUUGGGUGAAUUGACCCUUUAACAGUCGGGCUGCUGAAGUCACCGGGAGUCUGUCGAAGGUGUGAAGGAAACGACUGACAGUGAAUCACACGAUGAAGAAGAGAAGAAGAAGAGAUUAUUCCUGUGUCGGGUCAGAGUGAAGUGAGUCUGUAUGAAGAUCUCCGUCCAGAAUAUUUAGAUUUCUGAGUCGGCUGUUGAAUAUUUAUCUCGUCAUGUCUGGUAUUCUCCCGCCUCGCAGGGAUCUGCUUCAGGGAUUCACACACUCUUUAAAAGUUCAAAUCUUGUGUCUCAAUCUCGAAGAUUUCAGCUUCUGAGAAAUUCUGAAAUGAUGUACUUUUAUAUUGGAGCGUUGCCUGACCCAAGAUAUUCAGUGUGAUUAGAUUAAAUAUAACUUCAUUGAGGAACAUGCACCAGAACCAGAACCAGAACCAGGUUUAUUAUCAAGCAGGUUUUCACAUACGAGGAAUUAUCUUUGGUGUUUUGGUGCGAAACAAUAAACAAGAAGAAGAAAAAAGAGCUGCAGGUCAGAUACUUUAAAUAUGAACAGAAACAUUUUACAAUAAAAUAUUUACAAUAAAAAUGCGAAACCAGACAACGGUAGCUAAUGAUCCAAAACUCUUGAAUUGAACCUGAAGCGGUCGGGGUUCCUGGGGGUCCAGGGUCCAGCAGGUAAUCAGGUUUUAUUGACGUAACUCGUGGCCCCUGUUGGUCCCUGAACCCUGUUGUGGGAGCUGCCUUCAUGACCAGAUGUUGAACCGACCCUGACUUAAUAUAAUAUACUAGAUAAUGAGGUAAAUGUUGGACUGUUGACCUUCAGGUGCGUUUGUUUGACCUUUAAAGCACCUUAAACGUCGACAGGACGCGGCUUCACCUGGUUCCGGUCUCUGUUGAAAUGUCGACUCAAAGUGUCUCUGACAGAUUUUCUAAUAUUCUUGACAUGGAAAAAAAAAAAGCAGUUGACUAAAAGAAAGAAGGUUAAACUUUAAGGAGUCAUUGGGCCGAGCGCGGCGCAGCCUCGUCCUGUGGAGAAUUCGACUCACGAGGAGCUAAAAACAUGAGAAGAAGAUUCAGUUUGAUGCCUGGGAGAGUUGACGUGGAUUUUUAAAUUCAGGGAAAUGAAGUGGGGGGGGGGGGGGGGGGGGGGGGGGGGGGGGUGUAAGCUUGAUUUUUGUAGUAUUUCUUUUUGUUUGUUUCUGUGGAGCCUGUGAACGUGUCGGUGAAUCACAGUGUUUGUGUUGUGAAAGACUCAUAACCUCAACGCUCGGCCGCUCAGUCUUUGCACUUUCCUGUGAACGUAUGUUUUUGGUUUUUUUUACGUGAAUAUUUGAUUGUAGUCAGUCGAACCAAGUUCAUUCCACAUGUUUAUGAAGCUGCGUUUUAAUUCACAAAAAAAUUAUUUUCCUUUUAAACUGACCACUGUCAUUUUAUCAUCUGGUUGUUGUUAACAACUCGUGAGCUUUGCAUUGUGUGUGUGUGUGUGUGUGUGUGUUUUUUAAAGGUUUGCAAACAGUAAUUAUCCUUGAAUAUCAUGUUGUGUUGUGUGUUGAUUCACUUUAUCACUUUAUAUGUUCAAUAAAUUGACACCACAUUAAU